GUCUUAGUCUGCGGUCAUUGCUGAGGUUUUCGGGACUUUCCAGGCAAGGGCUAGCCAGGUCCUUUGCCUCCAACUCACGCCGCCCCUGCAGCCCGCCUGGGACACCCCAGGUCCGGGGGAUUCUACUCUCUCCCGGGGAACCGACGCCCCAACUUUCUACGCGCUGUCUGCGCCCCCCUGACUGGCCGUCGGCUCUUGCGCCAAGAGAGUCGCACGCAUCUUCCUGGGGCCAGCAACGCUCCCAACCUCUUAGCUCGCCCUCCUCCUCCCCGGAGCGAGUGUGGGGCUGGGCGAGCCCGGAUCCGGGGUGCACUUGAGCGAUCCCAGCUCUCGGGAUUCGCCCAAGCCUCAGAGCCGACCCUCGAGGGGGUCCAGGCCUCUUACUCUGAACCUCAGAUCCGCCCCCGUCUUUUCUCUCCAAACCCCCGUGCCCGCCGCGUACAGGCCGGGCGGAGUACCUGGGCGCGCGGGCCGCAUCGCCCCGUCGGGUGCCGAGCGCACCAUGGCCGGCUGCUGCUGUCUGUCGGCGGAGGAGAAGGAAUCGCAGCGCAUCAGCGCGGAGAUCGAGCGGCAGCUUCGUCGGGACAAGAAGGACGCGCGCCGCGAGCUCAAGCUGCUGCUGCUGGGAACUGGUGAAAGUGGGAAAAGCACCUUUAUCAAGCAAAUGAGAAUUAUCCAUGGGUCUGGUUACAGCGAUGAAGACAGAAAGGGGUUCACGAAGCUGGUUUACCAAAACAUAUUCACCGCCAUGCAAGCCAUGAUCAGAGCGAUGGACACCCUGAGGAUACAGUAUGUGUGUGAGCAGAAUAAGGACAACGCCCAGCUGAUCAGGGAGGUGGAAGUGGACAAGGUCUCCGUGCUCUCCGGGGACCAGGUGGAGGCCAUCAAGCAGCUGUGGCAGGACCCGGGAAUCCAGGAGUGCUACGACCGCCGGCGCGAGUACCAGCUGUCGGACUCUGCCAAGUACUACCUGACGGACAUCGACCGCAUCGCCAUGCCGUCGUUCGUGCCAACGCAGCAGGACGUGCUUCGCGUCCGCGUGCCCACCACUGGCAUCAUCGAGUACCCGUUUGACUUGGAAAACAUCAUCUUUCGGAUGGUGGAUGUUGGUGGCCAGCGAUCUGAGAGACGGAAAUGGAUUCACUGCUUUGAGAGUGUCACCUCCAUUAUUUUCUUGGUUGCUCUGAGCGAAUAUGACCAGGUCCUGGCUGAGUGUAACAACGAGAACCGCAUGGAAGAGAGCAAAGCCUUAUUUAAAACCAUCAUUACCUACCCCUGGUUUCUGAACUCAUCUGUGAUUUUGUUCUUAAAUAAGAAAGAUCUUUUGGAAGAGAAAAUCAUGUACUCUCAUCUAAUUAGCUAUUUCCCAGAAUACACAGGACCAAAGCAGGAUGUCAAAGCUGCCAGAGACUUUAUCCUGAAGCUGUACCAAGAUCAGAAUCCUGACAAAGAGAAAGUCAUCUACUCCCACUUCACGUGUGCUACAGAUACAGAGAAUAUCCGCUUUGUGUUUGCUGCUGUCAAAGACACGAUUCUCCAGCUCAACCUGAGGGAAUUCAACCUAGUUUAAAAGCUGCUGCGCAUUCCUCCCCUGUAACAGAAGACACGGUUUGCAAGCUCUUCUUGUUUUAUUUGCAAGUGCUUCUGACAUCGCCUGAGCCAGCCCCCUGUGCCAGGAACCAAGGACAUCAUGCGGAUCACAGGGAGAGAGAUGGGUGUUAGGACUUGGAAGAAAUUUGAGUUUACGAAAAUAUUUAAGUCUUUAAUUCUCAAGUUGUUUUUAUAAUUCUUUUCUUGACUUUCGUGUCAAGACACAACUCUUACAGUUUGUGUAAUCUUUGAAUUUGGUACUUUAUAGAAUUUUUAAAGGCCACCGUGAUUUACUGGUUUUUUUAAAUUAAAUUUUAAGUGUGUUUAAAAAUAGCCAUUUAAAAAUUAUGUAA